AUGGUCAGCUCCUGUUGUGGCUCUGUCUGCUCUGAGGAGGGCUGUGGCCAAGGCUGCUGCCAGCCCAGCUGCUGCCAGCCCAGCUGCUGCAGGCCCAGCUGCUGCAGGCCCAGCUGCUGCAGGCCCACCUGCUGUGUGUCCAGCUGCUGCAGACCCAGCUGCUGUCAGUCUGUGUGCUGCCAGCCCACCUGUUGCCGCCCCAGCUGCUGCCGCCCCAGCUGCUGCAUUUCCAGCUGCUGCAGGCCUUCCUGCUGCCGCCCCAGCUGCUGUCGCCCUAGCUGCUGUGUAUCUAGCUGUUGCAGGCCCUCUUGCUGCAUCUCCAGCUGCUGCCACCCCUGCUGUAGCAGUUCCAGCUGUUGUGGGUCCACCUGCUGCCGCCCCAGCUGCUGCAUUUCCAGCUGCUGCAGGCCUUCCUGCUGCCAAACGACCUGCUGCCGCCCCACCUGCUGUGUAUCCAGCUGCUGCAGACCCCAGUGCUGCAUCUCCAGCUGCUGCCGCCCCUGCUGUAGCAGUUCCAGCUGUUGUGGGUCCACCUGCUGCCGCCCCAGCUGCUGCAUUUCCAGCUGCUGCAGGCCUUCCUGCUGCCAAACGACCUGCUGCCGCCCCACCUGCUGUGUAUCCAGCUGCUGCAGACCCCAGUGCUGCAUCUCCAGCUGCUGCCGCCCCACCUGUUGCCAGACCUCCUGCUGCCGCCCAGCAUGCUCUAGCUGUUCUUGUUGCUGA